CGCGCCAAACGGAGCAGACUGAGGCCACAGACAGACUGCAGUCACAGAGAGGCCAGGGUGUAGCCAGGUGUACGCUGAGGCAGAAGGGUGUAGCCAGGUGAGAGUAAGCGAGAACGCGGUUGUCAGAGCAUGCCGGGGGACGUCACGGAGAAGUUUCAGGCCGCCAUGGUGCUGGGCGCCGUGGGCGACGCGCUGGGAUACCGCAAAGGUCGCUGGGAGGGCUGCACUUCGGGCAGGAAAAUUCAGGAGGAGCUGGCCUCGUUGGGCGGGCUGGGGGCCCUCAGGCUGGACCCUGAAAACUGGCCGCUGAGCGACGGAAUGCUAAUGCACAUGACCACCGCCGAGGCGCUCGUCACAGAUUUCUGGUGCCUAGAGGACCUGUACAGGGAGUUGGUACGGCUGUACGUGGAGGCCAUGACAUCACUGCAAGGUCGCCCGCCAGACCCAAGCACCGUGGAAGGCUUCACAGACCUGAAACCGGACAACUUCCUGCUUGCGUGGCACACACCCUUCAACGAGAAAGGCUCUGGAUCUGGAGCAGCCACCAAGGCCAUGUGUGUGGGCAUGCGGUACUGGCAGCCGGAGAAGCUGGACAACCUGGUGGAAGUGAGCAUUGAGACGGGCCGCAUGACUCACAACCACCCGAUAGGUUUCUUGGGGUCGCUGUGCACGGCGCUGUUCGCCUCCUACGCAGUACAGGGCAAGCCGUUGGUGCGCUGGGGUCGUGACCUCAUGAAGGUCAUUCCAAAAGCCGAGGACUACUGCAGGAAGACAAUCCGACACAUGGCAGAGUACCAGGAGAAGUGGUUUUACUUUGAGGCGAAGUGGCAGAUCUACCUGGAGGAGCGAGGCAUCGAGAGCGAGGAACAGAACAAGGCCGAGUUUCCUGACCGCUAUGACGCUGAAGAGACCGACAAGAUGUACAAGUGCUGGAGCUCAGAGGGGCUGUCGGGGAGGAGGGGGCACGACGCACCCAUGAUCGCCUACGAUGCCCUGCUGGCCUCCGGGGCAGACUGGACAGAGCUGUGCAGGCGUGCCAUGUUUCAUGGAGGUGAGAGCAGUGCCACAGGUCUGAUCGCAGGCUGUCUGUACGGGCUGCUUUAUGGGCUGGACCAGGUCCCUGCUGGGUUGUACCAGAACUUGGAGAAGAGGGAGCGCUUGGAGGAGUUAGGGAGAGAACUCCACAAGGCUGCUGCUCCUGAGAAGUAA